AUGGUUGGUACGAACUCCGGAGGUGCUAGUGGCGAGAUGGAUACAAGUAGAGAGGCUGGAGAGCAGGGGGGAGUUGCUGGUGGAGGAGUGGGGACUCACCAACUAGCCAACCCUACGCUACCUACUUCUUCUACACCAUCUCCUACUACCGUGGAUCCUAAGAAAGCUUUCUCUAUUGAGAAAUUCAUGGGGGAGGACAACGAGCACUGGAGCUUCCGUAUGAGGCUGAUGUACACCCAAUACAAGCUAUUGGAUCUGGUGGAGGGGAGAGAGAAGAUGCCGGAGGCCGCGGAGCUGAAAGGAGCGUGGAUGAAACGAUCGUUCGACGCGUACAUGCUCAUGGUGCAAGCGGUUGGCGGGCGACAACUUGACCACAUCAAGGACCUCUUGGCAAUCAACCUCAACUCCCAACAACCCCAAUGGAGCGUGGAUAACAUUCGCGCGCGCAUCCUAGAGGAGGACUUGCGGCGGUGGAGUGUGGAGCGCUCGGAGGAGGGGGCUGGCUAUGGAGUUGGAGGUGGAAAGAGUGGCUUCAAGAAGAAGUGGAAGGGCAAGAACAAGGACAACCCUAAGGAGGAUGGCGGCGGGGGUCAAGGGGAGGUGUGCUUCUAUUGCAAGAAGCGCGGACAUCGUUGGCGGAAGUGCUACCAACGACCCAAGGAUUGGACCCCGCCUUCAUCGAGCAACCAGCGUGGUGGCACGAGGAGUGGGGGAGUCAUGGGAGCUAGUGGAGAGGAGAAGGAUGAGGAGAAAGGCGGCAAAUCUGAGGAGCGGAAGGCUGGGUUCUUCUUCUUCGUGAACGAAGGCGCAACCGACCUCGCUAUGGCUGCCAAGGGGACUGGGGGAGUGCUGAUGUGGGACCCCAAGAGCAAGAAAACGCUGGUCAGUCGUGAUGUCAAGUGUGUGGAGGAUGUCAUGUACAAGGACUGGCACCAGCAGCAGCAGGUGGAGAUUGGCUUGCGUCUGCAGGAGUUUGAGCGGUCUGCAGUGGAGGAGAUUCAGCUGCACCUUGAUGAACUCCACGGGUCAGAGCUGACCAGUGACCAUAGUGGCGGUGGAGAGCAGCAAGUUUCUGGCCCUGCUGGAGAGGAGGGGUUGGAGGAUGAGUCGGCACGUGUGGACUCACCAACUCAGCCCGAGCUUGCUGCAAACGCCAAGGUCACCAAGAGGAGUGUGCAAAGAGGAGCUUCACCACAUGGGCAGCAGAUUGCAACCCGCGAGAAGAGAGUGGCAGCAGCACCCUCAAGGCUGAAUUUAGAUGCUUGA